UCUCGACAACAGAAAUAUUAUAGUUGUUCGAUGGACGGUAGCAAUUUAGAAGAUGUAUCGUAUGAAUUUUUAACGACAAUUUUACGUAAGUGCGUAGUUAUAUUUGCAUUUGGACAUAAUGCUUCAAGAGCAUAGAGGCAGUCUGAUAAGCAUGUUUCAUAAUAAAUAAAGAAUGAAUUGGAAUUUUUAUGUUGUGUCGAUAUAGCAAACUUCAUCAUCAGUUAUUGGCAUCAGUUAGACUCAUUAUAUCGACAAUGGCAAGUGAACGGUGGAAGGAUGAUAUUGCAUAUGCGAUGACUCCUCUCAAGUUGAUUACGUGGCCUAUCGGCGUAUGGCCACUUCAAGUUUAUAACAUUUAUUCGUUAUUGCGUUGUGUCUUAUGCACUUUUUGUGCGUGCCUAGUUGCGAUCUUGCCCUCUUUGGAGAUUUACAUGGGCUGUACUGACGUGGGGCAGAACAUAGAUUGCCUAAUGUUAAUCUGUUGUGGAUUUCUCGGUGUGCUAAAGACGACAUGGUUCCGCAUUUAUGCAAAUAGUUUAAUUAUCAAUUACAAUUCUGCUCUACGUGAUUAUCAGACGAUUGACGAUACAAAAGAGCGCGAUAUUAUGCGAAAACAUGCUUUUAUAGGAAGGACUAUUUUCUCCUCCUUACUAAUUUUUGCUUACUUUGGUUGUCUAAUGUUUGGAAUAGUGCCUAUUUUGAAUUACAACAUGAGUAAUCAGAUUAAUAUGACAAACGAAGAUAUGACACUGGAAUACGUUAUACCAUCAAGAUGCGCUCUGAAAUAUUUUCCAACAAGCAUGUAUACAAUCUUUUGUCUGAUCGAAACUGUUUUAAUAACGUUGGCUUCUACGACUAAUUUUGGUAACGACGCGUUGUUUCUCAACAUUACAUUACAUGUUUGUGGCCAAAUAAAGAUUCUGAGGAUUCGCUUCAUUAACUUUGAUGACACAAGUCCGCGAAUCUGCGAUCGUUUCAACGCACUAAUUGAAAGACAUCGUUACCUGAUAACGCUGACCAGGGAACUUGCCAAUUUGAUAAGUUUCGUAUUGCUGAUAGAAUUAUUCAUUAUUAGCAUAUUAUUAUGUAUAAUGGGAUUUCAAUUUAUUUAUGCGUUGAAAGUCAAUGACACCGCUAUGAUAGGAAAGAGUUUAGUGGUACAGAUUUUAUUCUUGACACAACUAACAUUGUAUAGUUUUAUCGGGAAUUAUCUGAAAUCUGAAAUGGAAGAAAUAGGGCUCUCUAUUUAUCAAAGUACUUGGUAUAAUUUUCCUAAAAAAUUAGCAAGAAACGUAAACUUUAUUCUUUUGCAGACAAAAUCUCCAAUCGCACUGCAAGCUGGAAAUUUCAUUGUUAUUAAUCUAUCAACUUACGUAAGCAUUUUAAAGAGCUCUUUUUCGUAUUUGUCUGUACUUCGUAUAACUCUCGGAGUGUGAAAAGUAAACUGCGAAUAAAAGAAAUAUGUGCAAACUAUAAAUAUUGAAUACAUUCCAAAUACUAGAUUAUAAAAUCUCAAAAUAGAAUACAU